CGGCGCCCGGGAGCUGUCCCGGUGCCGACCCGCGAGCUUCCCGGCGUGCUCCGCGCCCUCCCGCAACUACUUCCGGGGCGGGUGCCGGGGGCGGUGGCCCGGCGAGGGAGCGUGGCGGCGAGCUGUUUGGGGGGUUGGCGACGGCAGCCCGAGGGCGGCGCAAGGCCUGAGGCCCAGCACAGGUCAGGUGCAGUAGCUCACGCCUAUAUUUCCAGGACUUUGAGAGGCUGAGGCGUGUGGAUCACCUGAGUGAUGUCCGAGCUCAGCGAUGAAGCCAGCGAGCCGGAACUCCUGAACCGCAGCUUGUCCAUGUGGCACGGGCUCGGGACACAGGUCAGCCGGGAGGAGCUGGAUGUCCCCCUGGAUCUUCACACAGCUGCUUCCAUUGGCCAGUAUGAAGUGGUGAAGGAGUGUGUGCAGCGGAGAGAGUUAGAUUUGAAUAAGAAGAAUGGUGGUGGCUGGACCCCGCUGAUGUAUGCCUCCUACAUUGGCCACGACACAAUCGUGCACCUGCUGCUUGAGGCGGGGGUGAGUGUGAAUGUGCCGACCCCAGAAGGGCAGACUCCACUGAUGCUGGCCUCCAGCUGUGGCAACGAGAGCAUCGCCUACUUUCUUCUCCAGCAAGGUGCAGAGCUAGAAAUGAAAGACAUCCAGGGCUGGACAGCCCUCUUCCACUGUACCAGCGCCGGGCACCAGCACAUGGUCAGGUUCCUCUUGGACAGUGGAGCCAAUGCCAACGUGAGGGAGCCGAUAUGUGGAUUUACUCCCUUGAUGGAAGCAGCUGCUGCUGGCCAUGAGAUAAUCGUGCAGUAUUUUCUGAAUCACGGAGUCAAGGUGGACGCGAGAGACCACAGUGGAGCCACAGCCCGGAUGCUGGCCAAGCAGUACGGACACAUGAAGAUCGUGGCCUUGAUGGACACUUACUCGCCCUCUCUGCCCAAGAGCCUCUGUCGGAGCCCAGAAAAGUACGAAGAUCUGAGCUCUUCUGACGAGUCCUGCCCUGCUCCUCAGAGACAGAGGCCUUGCCGGAAGAAGGGUGUCAGCAUCCACGAGGGACCGCGAGCCCUGGCCAGGAUCACAGGCAUUGGCCUGGGCGGCAGAGCCCCACGGCCUCGCUAUGAGCAGGCUCCUCCCCGCGGCUAUGUCACCUUCAACAGCAGUGGCGAGAACCCCCUGGAAGAAGAGGGCCUCUGCUGCCGGGAUGUCACCUCCCCCAUCAAUGAGCGGGACGUGGAGAGCAGCAGCAGCAGCAGCAGUCGGGAGGAACAUGCUUUCUGUGCCAACCUGGGGCCCGUCCAGAGCAGCAGCAGCAGCGAGGGCCUGGCCAGAGCCCAGGGGCUCAGCAGCGAAGCUUCUGUGGAGAGCAACGAGGACUCAGAUCACGCCUGUAAAAGCUCAGCUCGCAAACAAGCUAAAAGUUACAUGAAGACCAAGAAUCCUGACAGCCAAUGGCCUCCCCGCACUGCAACUGACAGGGAAGGCUUUCUCGCUGAGUCCAGCCCCCAGACUCAGAGGGCCCCCUACUCAGGACCCCAGGACCUUGCCGCACUGCUGGAGCAGAUCGGGUGUCUGAAGUACCUGCAGGUGUUUGAGGAGCAGGACGUGGACCUCCGCAUCUUUCUGACCCUCACUGAGAGCGACCUGAAGGAAAUCGGCAUCACGCUGUUUGGGCCCAAGAGGAAGAUGACGUCCGCCAUUGCCCGCUGGCACAGCAGUGCCCGCCCACCCGGGGAUGCCCUGGAGCUGGCCUACGCCGACCGGCUGGAGGCUGAGAUGCAGGAGCUCGCCAUCCAGCUGCACAAGCGCUGCGAGGAGGUAGAGGCCGUGCGGGGCCAGGUGUGCCAGGAGCAGGAGCUGCGCGCCGUGGUGGAGAGCUGCUUGCUGGAGCAGGACCGCGCCCGCGAGGACCUCCAGGCCCGGCUGCAGGAGACGUGGGCCCUGGCCCGGGAUGCUGCCCUCGUCCUGGACCAGCUGCGAGCCUGUCAAGCUGAGCUGUCAACUCGAGUGAGGCGGGACCAGCCCCCUGGUGCAGCCACUCUGGGCCUAGCCGUCCCCCCAGCUGAUGCCAAGGGCUGGCAAGCGUCCCUGCAGGCCAUGAGCCUCCCUGAGCUCUCGGGAGCCCUGGAGGACCGUGUCCGUGAGAUGGGGCAAGCACUGUGCUUAGUGACCCAGAGCCUGGAGAAGCUGCAGGUGCUGAACGGGAAGAAGUGGCGGGAGACCUAGCCCGCGGGCCGAAUCUGACGUUGGGUGAUUGGUCCACCCUGAAGCUGUGUGCCAGGGAGUGAGGAGGACAGUGAGCAGGCAGCUGCCACGUGCAGCCCAGGCCCAGUGGGGGCCAGAGGAUCAGGCCCCGGGAGCAGCCGGCAGACAGAGGCAAGACGGGGGCUGCGGCCCUGGCUUGGCAGCUCGGGCCAGCACUGAGGCGGGACGAGGGCCUCACCCAGAACCUCGUGGUGAGGCCCCAGAGUUCAUGGGCUGCCCUGGCCCAUACCAGGCAGGGCCCUGGGGGGAAAGUGUAUCCAUAUACACGCACAGGUGCCAACUGAGGUGGGACCUUAGGAGUGAGGACUGGGGCACCUGGAAAAUGCUAUUAUUUUUUGGAAAAUAAAAUUUAAGAACAGCUA